AUGAGAGGAUGCCAUGAAUCCAAAGACACCAUUCGGAGGAAAACCGAGCUGAUUCAUUAUCGACGAAAGGAAAUUCCAAUUGACAUUGUCGAAAAGGUGAGGAGGAAAACGGGGUCUGGUGGUGAUGGGGGCUACGGUGGUGAAGGGUACGUGGUUCUAGAAGGUGGUUGUAGAUCGAAGGACUACGGUGGUCGAGAUACGGUGUUUGAGGGUGGAGGGUGUGGUGGAGGGUGGGUGAUUGAUGAGGGCUACGGUGUUGGUGGUGGGUUCUACAAUGGUUGGAAUGGUGGUGAUGUGGGCUACGGUGGUGGUGGGUGGGUAGCUGUAGAUCUGGGGGCUACAGUGGUUGAGGGUGGGUGA